CGAGUGCACUGCGAAAUUCCAAGAAAAAAAGGAAGCUCUGUAAAUCCGUAAAUAUUGUGACAGGUACAAAUGCCAAACGGUCGUCACAAAAGCACAGCAGAUAAUAGCACAGAGUGGAGACCGCCUCCUCCAACACUUCCCGCGUCCUCCCUGCGUUUCCCAAGCAAUGGGCUGCAUCAUCGGUAAGCUCGCCACCACCGCGCCCGGGUCCUCCCUCUUCUUCCCCGCCGCCGCGACCUCUGUGGGAGGAGGCGACGACAGGGAGGUGCAGCUGCAGGCGCCGCGGCCGGAGCACAUCGCGGCGGUGAAGAAGGAUGCGUCCGGGUGGCCGCUCUGGCUCUCCGAGGCCGCCGGCGACGCGCUCCGCGGCUGGGCGCCCCGCGGUGCCGACGCCUUCCAGAAGCUCGAGAAGAUCGGUUCGGGCACGUACAGCAACGUGUACAAGGCGAUCGAGGUGGCGAGCGGCCGCGUGGUGGCGCUGAAGAAGGUGCGGGUGGACGGCGUCGGCGAGGCCGAGAGCGCGCGGUUCAUGGCGCGGGAGAUCGCGCUGCUCCGCCGCCUCGGCGACCACCCCAACGUCGUCCGCCUCGACGGCCUCGUCACCUCCCGCCUCAACACGGCGCCGUCCCUCUACCUCGUCUUCGAGUACAUGGAGCACGACCUGACUGGCCUCACCGCCUGCGCAGCUGCCUCCGCCCGCCGCUUGUCCUUGCCUCAGGUGAAGUGCUACAUGAAACAGCUACUCUCCGGGAUCGAACACUGUCACAACAACGGCGUUCUGCACCGGGACAUCAAGACGUCGAACUUGCUUGUCAGCAGCGACGGAAUCCUCAAGAUAGCCGACUUCGGGCUCGCCACCUCUUACGACCCUGAGGACGCGCGGCCCAUGACGAGCCAAGUGAUCACGCUCUGGUACCGUCCGCCUGAGCUCUUGCUAGGGUCCACUCACUACGGCGUCGGUGUGGAUCUCUGGAGCGUGGGCUGCGUACUGGCAGAGCUGCUCCUCGGCGAGCCAGUGUUCCCCGGAAGAACAGAGGUGGAACAGCUGCACAAGGUUUUCAAGCUGUGUGGGACUCCGUCGGAGGAUUACUGGGAGAAGAUGAAGCUCGCUCAUCCUACGUUCGGGCCGUACGAACGGUGCCUGGCUGAGAAAUUCAAAGAUGUGGCACCAUCUACCCUGUCACUUCUCGAGACUCUCCUGUCGAUUGACCCGGACAUGAGAGGCACUGCGACUGAUGCUCUAAACAGCGAGUUCUUCAGGACAGAACCAUAUGCCUGCGAGCCAUCUAGCCUUCCGCGCUAUCCACCGUGCAAAGAAAGAGACGUGAAGCUCAAGUACGAGAAGCACAAGAGGAAAUCCAGGGUUAAUGGGUCAGUAGAACGUCACAGAAACCGACAGCACGCAUCACAGAAUCCUGGGCGCAGGGUUUUCACUCCGGAUGCCAAUAACAAGCCGCAAGCAAAUCCAAAGGUACCAAGGCUGGUGACAAGCACGAGCACGACCAAGCUCGAGAGGUUUCCUCCGCCUCACCUGGACGCGUCGAUCGGCUACAGUCUAGACGCAUCGGUUGACGACGGGGCCACGGAAGAGUUCUUCUCGUCGUCGGCCGCUGAGCUGAAGAAAAUGCCGAGCCUAAUCUUCGGCCACGUGAAAUCUUACCUGGCGAGUAGCCCGAGGAAGGGCGUGCACAAGGCAAAGCCAAGCCUCAACAUGGCGAUGGCGCCUCCCACCCUUCUCAUCGGUGCGUUCCGGCCUUACUCCUUUGGGCGGUCAAUGGAGGUGAGGAGGAAGAACAGGGAGCAGUUCAGAAGCAAAGGGAGAAACGCAGUAGGUGCAGUCAAGUGACAUCCUGUGAUCAUGUUACUCCUCUUUUUUUUGUUUUGGUUUUGCAUAGGCUAGUUAGUUAGUAGCCGGUGGAUUUGAACCACAACUGGUAGGUUUUACAAAAGUACAUAUAUAAUCAAGUUACGCCACAAAGCUUUGGAUGAAUUUCCAGAUUGCCCUC